GGAAGAGAUCUCAACUUCCGGAAAGGAUUGUGUCUCGCUUAUAGAUAAAUAAUUCACCUUCCUGGUUUGAAGGCUACCUUGUCAGGAGGAAAUUGAAGUAUACCAUCUGAAGCAGAAUACAGAGAUUGUGAGCGGGUCAUCAGGCAGUCUCCCUAUGUCAGGCCGAAACGGGUCUGCAAGUGAUGCAGACUGCCGGAUCUCUGAGGACUGCCAUGUCCCAGAUGUUGAGCUGAUGGAGCUGGGGCCACUGCUGGAGGAGGGAGGGGGGCGACAGGUGGCAUCUAAAGGCGUCCACCCAGAGGGAGCCGCAAUGCUUGCUGACGAGGAAGAGGAGGAUGAUGAAGUGGGAGAGGUCCUGACCUUACCACUUCAGGCUCACCACGCCAUGGAGAAGAUGGAGGAGUUUGUACACAAGGUUUGGGAGGGGCGCUGGAGGGUGAUUCCUUUUCAUGUCCUGCCAGAGUGGCUCAAGGACAAUGAUUACCUCCUGCAUGGACAUCGACCCCCUAUGCCCUCUUUCCGGGCCUGCUUUGGAAGCAUCUUCAGAAUUCACACUGAGACAGGAAACAUCUGGACUCACCUGCUAGGGCUGAUCUUAUUCCUUUGCCUGGGCACGUUAACCAUGCUGCGGCCUAACAUGUACUUUAUGGCCCCGCUGCAAGAGAAGGUGGUGUUUGGGAUGUUCUUCCUGGGAGCCGUGCUCUGCCUCAGCUUCUCCUGGCUUUUUCAUACCGUCUACUGCCACUCCGAGAAAGUGUCUCGCACCUUCUCCAAGCUUGACUACUCGGGCAUCGCCCUCCUGAUCAUGGGCUCCUUUGUGCCCUGGCUGUACUACUCGUUCUAUUGUUCCCCUCAGCCUCGACUUAUCUACCUCACCAUUGUGUGUGUCCUCGGUAUCGCCGCUAUCAUAGUGGCCCAGUGGGACCGUUUCUCUACUCCUCGUCACAGACCUACAAGAGCAGGUGUGUUCAUGGGUCUUGGACUAAGCGGCAUUGUUCCCACCAUGCACUUCACCAUCGAAGAGGGUUUUGUUAAGGCCACCACAGUGGGCCAGAUGGGUUGGUUUUACCUGAUGGGUGCCAUGUAUAUCACUGGCGCUGGCUUGUAUGCAGCUAGGAUCCCUGAACGCUAUUUCCCUGGAAAGUGUGACAUCUGGUUCCAUUCUCAUCAGAUUUUUCAUGUUCUGGUCGUGGCAGCAGCCUUCAUCCAUUUCUAUGGUGUUUCCAACCUGCAGGAGUUUCGCUAUGGCCUCGAGGGGGGAUGCACAGAUGACUCUCUACUCUGAGAGCCCUGACUAUGGCUUACUCAUACUUUUCUUUAUAGCCCCACAAACACACACACACACACACAUACACAUACACACGUACACACAAACAAACACGCAUAAAAUGCUGCUGGAUUUCAAUAUAGUCACUUAAUGCUCCUUCUGUACUUCUGAUUUGCUAACAUCCUGUUGGGUUUUUGGUGGUAUUUCUGCUUUGGCUCUUUUUUGCUCCAAUAAAGUAGCAUUAACUAGCCAAUAAGCUAUGGAGGGAAUCUUUGACAGGCACUACUUCAAUAAUCAUGAAGCUUAAAGUCUGUGUUUUCACAGAAGGUCAAAAUGAGACUUUAACCAAAAUCAUAUAUUCCUGUAACUGAUGGUCACUUCUUAGAAGCUCAUUAGUAGCACAGCUUCUCCAUUGUCUGUUACCAUUGCACAAACGAUAUAGAGAGUAUUAUUUGUGCUGUAGCAGAGAGCAGAUACUAUAAACAGUUCCUUUUCUCCCUCCCACUUUCCAUGCAGGUUAGAGGACAAAUGUACUGUCAGCCAGGAGUAUCUUAUAGAGCAGUCCAGGACCAUUUAGGGCCUGUACACACAUUAGUUUGAGGAGAGUGAAAGUAUACACAUAUAGUGUGUCUGGUUGUCACCAGAUGUUUGUUUUUUUUCUGAUUAUGCAGCUUUCCAUUAAAACCUAUAAGACCACCACGAACCCACCCACACCCAUGCUGCAAUAAAACAUGACCUGUACUCUGAAAGCCCAGUUAGUACUCUAAAAUCCCACUGAAACAAAAUAAAAUCCAUUAUUAUGAACGGAACAUAUAACUUAUAUCCCCUAAGAAUUAUUUAUAAACGUGUCUUGAGCAACACUAGGAGUAAUGGUAAUCAGAUUGUUUACCAUAAUGAAUCAGUGGUUGGGAUAUUUCUUAGUUUCUUUGAGUUUUAUAUUGACAUUUAAAAGAGUUUUUUUUUUUGCUUUUGAUACAUUAUUUUCAUCAACAAAAGUCCCAAACACAUGAUUUUCACAUUCUUUAAUGGCAAAGUAAAGCUGUAAAAGUUUGUAGCUUCUGUGGAAAAAUAUAUUCGCUCAGUUCAGGUUGAACUAAGAUGCUUAAAAUGCUGGUGAAAAGAACCCAGCUGCCGUCAUUUUUCAGUCUGACAGUACACUAUUAAUUAAUUUUUUGAGUAAUAGUUCCUGGGCUACGCACAAUGUACAGACAUGGAUUGGUCAAAUUGUGUUUUUGUCAGCUAGAGAUCUUUUUUUGUGCUAGAUUUCAGAUGCAAUGAGGUGUAAAUAUCAAAUGCACCUUAGUAUAUACUAUAAAAUUCAAAACUUUAAAUCACCAUAUGGGGUUUAAAAUGUGUUAUGUAUGAUUGAUAUAAACUUUUAGUAUUCCUGUGCCUUAGGCCAAUGGAAAUGUUUUUAAAUAAAACGGCCUAUCUUAACAGUCAAGGGAGCUUCAAGAAUUUCCAGAUGUUGACUUUUCUUGUUUUCCUUGCCAUAUAUAUAUAUACAAUCGAAUCAUUAUUGAACUUACAACUCCAUUGAUAGGUUGUAUCAACUGCUGUUUAAGACUCCUUUUUCUAGAUCAACUUAUUCAAGCUUUAUUACAAAGACUAAAACAAUGUGUAUUCUUGACUUUGUGUAAUGUCCUGUGUAGAAAGUGAUAAAUCAUACAUUUCACUGAAAUGUAAACAUAAAUAUUUAUUAAUGGUAAUCUUGGAAAAUUAUUGUAAUAAAUUUUUUUCCACAUGUACAAA